UUCAUUUGGAUUAUUCUGGUUGGAUCACAUCAUGGAAAGAACUAAAUUCCAUUUCAUGUGAAAAACAACCUUCAGGAUGUCUUAAGCAGGGACAUUCACUACGUUCACUACAAUGUGACACAGAGGAGUAAAAAUAGAAACAAGACUGGAUAUUUAAGACAUUGGCCAACACACACACACACACACACACACACACUUCUCACGGUGUUUUGAACAUACAUUUAGCAUGAUUUGACAGAUCGUUGUAUCCUUUAUCCCACGAGUUUUAUUCAUCUGUAGAAGCACCCACAUGAAAGAGGACAUUCAUCUUGGAGCAAAUUACUAACAUUUGAGUUACAGACAAAACUGCACCAUGCACUGUGUGAGCAGAGGAGGCUGCUACCUGGUGAACUCCUGGUGUGAUCUUCGGGAGGAGAACAGGUGGAAGAAAGAGAGCUAUGAAGCCUGCUGGGUGAGCCUCGUCCUUGAAACCAGACCACAGUACAGGCUGAAGCUGUCAGAGAGCGACAGCAUUCGCAGAGAGAGUUAUAAACAGCAACAGGUGGCCCACUUCAUGGUGGAGAGGAGCCCCAGCCAGAUACUGAUGCUGGGCAGCACCAGUGGAGCGAUGACAAAGCACCAGCUACCCUUAUUCAACACCAGCAGGGAGGUGGAUCGUACUACAACCAGCUUUAGGGACACAGAAGAGCCUGUUAUAAAAGAGAAGCUGAUUGCUGGAGCAGAUAGACAGGGAACAGGAGCCACCACAGAUCAAGAUCUUAGCAAGCCGGUUAGAGUGAACUUCAGGGCCUCGAGUCUGAUGUCCUCUCCCAGGGAAACCUCUAAUCGGGUUCAGAGAAGGGAGUGAUCACAGCCUUUGUUGUAGCAGAUUUCUUAGCAGUAUUAACAAAAUCAAAUAUUCUUCUAAAAUUGACUAUUUUAGAAGUACUAUUUUUAUGCACAUCAAACUCGAGGAUGUUAUCUCACAUGCUAUACUUAUAUUUGUAGUAGUGUCAUAUCUUCAGCAGCUAAAUAAUACUAAAAAAAGAUGUGCUAUAAUUUGCAUAAAAGCUCUGGGUGCUGCAGAAUUGAGUCUGGUGUGAACUGUAACUUUGUUCCAGGAGGAAAAUGCAAUUUUGUCACACCUGGUGAUUUUUAUGGUUUGUAAAGCUUAAUUAAACACUUUCUGGAAGCUUGCUUCACAAACCUCAA